GAUCGGAGACCAUGAAGCUCCUGCAAGCUCUGUGCCCUCUCGUCUUCCUCCUCGCCUGCUCCAAGCCGUCCAACGCUUCCGUCUUACAGGACACUUGCAAGUCCUUCGCCGCAACGCGCCCGGACAUCGGCUACGACUACUGCGUCAAGUUCUUCCAGGCCGAGAAGGGGAGCGCCGCCGCGGACAAGCGCGGCCUCGCCGCCAUUGCCGUGAUGAUCGUCCACGCAGCAGCCAAGGGCACCGCCAAGCACAUCGCCGCCCUGCGGGCCUCCGAGAAGGACAAGAAGGUGCUGGAGUGCUUCCGCGCGUGCUCCGAGCUGUACUCGGACGCCGUGGACGAGAUCGGCACUGCGGCGACCGGCAUCGCCUCGGGCACGGCCGGGGGCCGGGAGGACGCGGUCACGGCUCUCAGCGCGGUGGUGGAUGCCCCUACGACCUGCGAGGAAGGGUUCCAGGAGCUACAAGCGCCGUCGCCGCUGGCCGCGGAGGACGCCGAGUUCGGCAGGGAGGCGUCUGUCGCGCUGACUGUAACGGCGGCGCUGUAGCCGUCCUCUUGAUCGACGAUAUGAAACUGCAGGGCGGAAGCUAGGGGGUUUGUAAUCCUUUGGUUGAACUCUCUCGGGUUUUGUAAUAAGGCCGUUAGAAUAAGCAAUUUUUUUUAAAAGAGUUCUAGGGCCAAGCCCCCGUCAGAUUAAUGAUAGAGAAAACAUU